GUCACUCAUCCGUGUGCGCUGCAGAGGAAGAACCGGCUCCAUCAUUAGAUCACCUAGCUAAAGUUUAGAUUGUUGAACGCCGUAACUCUAAUGUAAUGUUUACAUUUAAACGUUGACAAGUUAAAAAACAUGUAGCUGACGCGUUGCUCGGCCGAACUAGGAGAGCUGUUGUUUCUUUCCGCUAAAGCUGGUAGAUUAAUUUGGCGCAAACUGCACAGCUCGUUGUCCAGCUAGCCUCGCGUAGCUAGCUCAGCUGUUUGUUUUUGUUCCUGUAAAAGCGGGUUUCUCUCCCUUGAACACAUGAGUGUUUCGCUGGUCGUCAUCCGUCUGGAAAUAGCCCACCAGUCUCCCUUCCCGCAAGGCUUUCGGUACUCGGCUGUUGAAGGCAUGGGCGAGGAGGAGCUGCGGGACAAAGCUCUUGGUUUAGCCAAACAUGCGCUGAGUGGCAAGAGUGAGCUGGAGAGAGCGGCCGUCCUGCACCAGCACAUGGGCAGCAGAGCCAUGGGGGACAUGGUGAUAGAAACCUAUGAGCCCGCCUCAGCAGGAGGACAAGAAGCAAGCGGCGCUCUUCACGAUGCACAGACUGAAAGCGGGCUUUCCCAGGAAGCCGGUGGCGCCACGCAGGCCGCACCAGACUCACCUUCCAAGCAGCUCCCGGAACAGAUCUCCUUCUUCAGUGGGAACCCGUCGGUGGAGAUCGUCCACGGUAUCAUGCACCUGUACAAGACCAAGUGCACCGCCUGGUGGCCAGUAAGACUGACGGCAAGAUGGUGCAGUUUGACUGUGAGGGGGAGACCUGCCAAGAUGAGAAAAUAGAUGCUCUCCAGUUAGAGUACUCAUACCUGCUGACCAGCCAGCUGGACUCUCAGAGGAUCUACUGGGAGAAUAAGAUCGUUCAUCUGGAGAAGGAGACAGCCGAGGAGAUCAACAACAUGAAGGCAAAAUUUAAGGAGACCCUGGAGCGCUGCGAUAACCUGGAGCAGCGGCUAGGAGAAAUAAGCAAAGAGAAGCAGAGCUUGGAGAAGAAGUGCACCCAGCUCAACACUCGCGUGCUGAAGCUGACCCAGGAGCUGAAGGAGGAGCAGGAGAUGAACCGCUGUCUUCGAGCCAAUCAGACGCAGCUCCAAGCCCAGCUGGCGGAGGAGGAACGCAAAGCAAAAGAGAGCGGUGAACGAAAGGAUGUGGUCAUAACCGAGCUGCAGGAGCAGCUGAGAGACGUGAUGUUUUACCUGGAGACACAGCAGAAGAUCGAGCAGCUGUCUUCUGAAGCUCGCAGCGAAAUCCAAGAGGGCCACAUCGACAUCCCGGCCAGCCAGAGCUGCUCCGAUGGAGCGGGCCCCUCCUCAGGGCGGGGCAGGAGAGGGCGGGGCAGGAAGAGGAAGUAGGCAGCAGCCCAACUCUGCUGGAACUCCUUCAAAACCAUCACUGCAAGUCAGAUGAUGGUGUUUUUACUGCUGAGCUGUGGAGUUUGUUAAGCUGUGGCUCCUGAGGAGGACACUGGGACAAAACGGCAACAUUUGAUCUUAACGUAGCCUUCAAAAGGAAAAGUGGAGCGUCUCUUAAAUUUUGUGUGAUGUUUCAGUUAUUUUCAUACAGAAAGGCUGCUCUCAGAUUCACUACACGUUCACAAGUGUGCAGUUAAAUAUUAUGCAUUACAAGUUUUACAAGCCUGUAUGAAAAAAAUCUCUGAAAAAGCAAAUUUUCUCUAAGGAGUAAAAUUGAUUAGAAAAAUAUGUACAAAAAAUAUAUUUUAGGUUUUGGAAAAAAACUUUUCAGUUGAGAACACUCCUGGGCAAGGUUGGAUAAUAUGGACUGAAAAAGAUGUUUCUUUUCCCAACAGAGCACUUUUAGUGCAGCCUGUCAUCAGCUGUGAUAAGCUGAGCGGACAGGACCCUGUUUUUUUUUUAAUUCUGCUUUAUUAUGUUACCUUUAUUUUUAUUAUCACUAUUAGUUUUUCAUAAAAAGAACUUCCCUGCUGUUUAGAUCUAAAUGUGAGCUUGUAGUGGUGAAACUCUAAGGAAGGAUACCACUAAAUAGAUCCAUCUUCUGCUUUUAUGUUUGCUGUAAAAAAAAAAAAACUUAAGUUAUUGUCAUCUAUAUUAAGCCGCAUUAUAUUGGUCAUGAUUUCUGUUUUAUCUUCAAAUACAAAGACUUUUGACCUUUAUUCACCGCUGUCCUGUGGAAAGUGUCUCUCUUUGGGGGAAUCGCUGGCGAAGCUUUGACCUCCCCUACCAAGGAGAGAAAGGACACAAAUGACAGCCUAGAAGGCUUUGGAACAGUAUUUGCCUCCUUACAGAUUUUUUCUGUUUGUGUUUUUUUUUCUUGUAGAACCUGAAUGUUUUUGAUCAUCAAACAGAUUUUGAUAUCAGAGGUAAAUUGCAAACUGAUUUCAAUUGUGAAGAGAGAGACCCUCUCCGGACCACCCUGCCCGUAAUUGGCCCUAAACCUGAUAACUAGUUGGGCGUCAGUGUGGAGGAAUCUCAGCCCACCUUUUGGAGCAUGUUUAAAGUCAUCUCACCGCGUCUCAAUCAGGAUGAAAGUCCAGACUGGCUAGGUCACUUAAAAACCUUUUUGUUUUGUUUGCAGUAACUCAGAGGUGGAUUGAUGUCCUACUGCACAAACACUUGGGUUUUAGAUCACAAACUGAUUUUCUCCUGGAGGAUUUUCUGGUUUAAAUAAUAAAUUAGGGUUUAAAUAACUACAGCGAGUGAUCCAGGUCCCCAAGAAAGAAAGCAGCCACAAAACAAAACGUAGAAACUCAUGAGUUUAAUGGAAAACUGGGAAACGAAUCUGGAAGUUAUUCUGGAAUAUAAAAGUUAAGUCAUAUCAGCCGAUAUGUUGUUAAUGGAAAAAUAAGUCAGAGUAAGAGAACUUUGACAGCACCUACUUCACAGGUAUUCACCAAAUGCAAAGUGUUGUAUGGCAGUUUGAAUGUUUCAUAGUGUUUGCAUGAGCUGCUGACAUUUUAGAGCUUUUAGUUCUUACCUGGCAGAAAAUUAAGCCGUUAGCUGGACAUUUGACUUGUUUGAUCAAAAUGAAUACCCUAAAGCUGCAGCCGCCUUUAUUCUUGUUUUGCCAUUCCUGUUGCCGUAUCUAAAAGCCUGUUUUAAAUGGGAGCUGGCGUGAAGAAAUAAAGCAUAUUUUGAGAAACAUUGA